AUGACGCAAACAAUUGCAAUGAAAAUUUCCUUGCGCCUUCUUAAAAGUUUAGGCCAUUCAUCUACCAUUGCAGUGAUGAAACCUUCCAUUGUACAGAAUUGUGAAUCAAGACCAAUUAGAAGAAGCAUAAAGAAAAAGAGACAUGACCAAAGUGGAGCUCCUGGCAGCUGGAGAACGGCUGAUGGAUACGCCAAGAAUGCAAGGCCGGGACCUAAUAUCAAUUAUCAAUGA